AUUAAGGCCUCUCUCUCUCCUUCUCUCCCUCUCUCUCUCUCUCCAACCAUUGUUUGUAAAGUUUGUUCAUCUUUUGACAUGGGAGAAGCUCAAGAAGUUCAACUCAACAUCAGGGCUCAGGAAGCUAAUGAAGGAGAUUCUCAUGGCGUUGCAAAUGAAUCCAACCAGCCAACUAGUCCUCAAAGUAGAAAACUUACACUUUGGGUUCGAAUUGGGAUAUAUUCAUUAUUUGUUCUCUCUGGCCAAGCAGUAGCAACCUUAUUAGGGAGAUUGUAUUAUGAAAGAGGUGGACAGAGUAAAUGGCUGGCAACACUUGUUCAGCUAGCAGGCUUUCCAAUUCUUCUUCCUUACUAUUUCAUCCCAAUAAAAAGGUUCAAAACCAAAACAAAUCACACCACUACUAGUACUACCACUAAUUCUAUCCAAUCAAAAAAACCAUCUACCUUACUUGUCACCUCAAUUUACUUAGUUCUUGGCCUAAUGGUAGCAGCAGCUUGUUAUCUUUACUCUGUUGGUCUUAUGUACCUUCCAGUAUCAACCUACUCAAUCAUAUGUGCAUCCCAAUUGGGCUUUAAUGCUUUCUUCUCCUUCUUUCUCAACUCACAGAAAUUCACUCCUUACAUAAUCAACUCCCUAGUACUUCUCACCAUCUCUUCUGUUCUGCUCGUUUUCGAACCCAAUUCUGAAGAAUCUUCUAAAGUCUCAAAAGGGAAGUAUGCACUUGGGUUUGUUUGCACUGUGGGUGCCUCUGCAGGGUAUGGUUUGAUUCUCCCCUUAACACAGUUUUUCAUGAACAAAGUUCUUAAAAAGGAGAGCUUUUCAGUGGUCAUGGAUGUCAUAGUGUUUCAAUCACUCGUUGCAACUGUUGCAAUUCUUGUGGGACUUUUUGCAAGCAGUGAGUGGUCAACUUUGAGAGAAGAAAUGAAUGAGUUUGAACUUGGGAAAGUUUCAUAUGUAAUGACAUUAUCAUGGACAGCCAUAGCUUGGCAAGUUUUAUCCAUUGGGAUAGUGGGUUUAAUACUAGAGGUCUCUGCCCUCUUCUCCAAUGUCAUCGGUGUUUUGGGUUUGCCUAUUGUCCCGGUUAUGGCUGUGUUUUUCUUCCAUGAAAAGAUGGAUGGGAUCAAGGCUAUGGCUAUGGUUUUGGCUAUUUGGGGCUUUGUUUCAUAUGCUUAUCAGAACUAUCUUGACAAUCACAGUUCCAAGAAUGAUAAUCCAAUAAGGAAUAGUCAAAGCAAUGGUUCACCAGAGAGGGUGAAAGAGCUCAAUGGUUGAAUUAAUCAACUAGUUUUUUUUUUCUUAUAGUUUAUAUAUAAUACAUAUAAAAGAAAAAAAGAUUAGAGGGUUGUUCCAUGCUAAAAUUUACUUUUAGUAUCUUAUAUGAGAGUGUUGCUAUUUGACAUCUUAAGGUGUCCAACACUACAUGAAAUGGUACUCCAUGAUUGGUUAGCGAUAUCACAUAAUACUUAUUAAAUUCAAAUAAGUAGAACCCGAUAUUGGAUUGCACCAAUAACAAUAUGUCAACUCUUUGAGGUGCCUCGUAGCAAUUCUUCUUAUAUGAUCCCAUUUAUGUUUAUAUAAUUGUCUUGUAGUGUGCAAUAUUAAAAUAUCAAUGUACAAUAUUCCAUUUGAAGGUAUAUGAAUAAAAAUCACAUUAUAUUUUUGUCU